AUGUAUUUUGAUUACAUCCUUUCACUCUCACACACAUGUGUAUAUAUAUGUAAAACAAUAGCUAUUGGUUUAGGAGUUGAAAAUAUUGUUCCACUUGAUCUUAUUGUCAUUAUAUUUGGUAGAACAUUGAAAGGUUCUGUUUUUGGAGGACUAAAAACCAUUUCAGAUCUUUGCAUCAUAGCAGACAAAUGUCAGAAAGAGGAACUUCCUCUUCAUGAGUUGCUCACCCAUGAGGUGCCACUGUCGGAUAUAAACAAAGCAUUUGAGCUAUUGAAGCAACCUGAUUGUGUGAAAGUUGUCGUCAAGAUGUGAUAUGUUUCAGAUCUGGUUUUUAGUAAGGCAAUAUCUUCAAC